AUGAAUGGACGGUACUCUGAGCCAUUGGCGUCGUAUGGUUCUGUGCACUAUGUCAGGCAGUGCGAAGAAGAAGUCCUCCUGCUCGAUAACAUAGCUCAUCCUAAUAUCCCGAUUUCUGAGCUUCCACACUUCAGGAAACAGCGAAAAGGAUAUUAUGGGGCUAUCUAUGGCAUCAUCCGCCGACCGGACAAGCACUCCUCAUCCAUCGAUUUAUUGACCGACAACCAAGUCAAAGCGCUUAUCGAUGCAGCAGUAAGCCGCAACGACGCGGUGGGGAUCACACACAACCCAGGCAUCAGCUGGAUGCCCGUCACCGCAUGGAAAAUCGCCCCAGACGCCGUCGCGAAGAAAUGCAAUCUUCACGAACCAUACUUGAUGACAUACAUCGCUUCCCGCUCGACGUCCAUCCACAUUCCAAGGGUCCGACGCGUUCUUCCCAUGCACAAGAAAGAAUCAUUGUCCGGUCGUUACUCGAUAUGGCUCGUGAUGGACUUCAUCGACGGCAAUGAGCUGGAAACGGCAUGGCCACAGAUGAGCUGGUGGAAUCGCUUGUGGACUAUAUGGAAGUUGCGGAAAUCCAUCCGGGAACUGCACCAGAUUCCCGUUCCCCGACCGAACGUCCCAGGCCCAUUCGAUUCCACUGGUAAAGCUUUGGCUUGCAGCGGAUACUAUUUCUCCGAAACCGGGACUGGACCUUUCGAAUCGUACAGUGCCAUGGCGGACUGGUUCGACCACCUCCGCUACUCCCUCCUCGUAGAUCUGCAUAUGAACUACAGGAGUUUCAAACCACAUCUGUAUCCCAUGUUCGACAUUUCUCAUCCUCUUGUCCUAUGCUAUAUGGAUCUUAAUAUGCGCAAUAUCAUUGUGGAUAAGAGGGGCGAUGUUUGGUUAGUCGACUGGGGCAUGGACGGCGCGUUCCCUCCAUGGUUUGAGUAUGCGAACAUGGUUUUGUUUGCGAGGGCGGCCAUCAAAGAGCGCCGUUUGCCAAAAUCGUGGGUGUUUUUUGCGCCUUUUGUUGCUGGUAAUUAUCAGUGGUACGAAGCAGAGUAUCUGCGUUGUCUAGAAUAUGACUUUGAAAGAUCGUGGCUUGAUCAUCCGAAAGGAUAUUUUGAGAGGUUGAGGUUGGAUAUCACGUAUCGAUGGUCCUGUUGAGAUAGGUGUUCGAUGACUGACUAUAGCACAGGCUGCACAGUUCACGUCAGUUUGAGCCAAACACGUCGUGGAACAGAAUCGCUGUACUUAUGGAUGUACC